CCAGACAACAUUAUGAAAAUGAACUCCCUAAUAAUAGUCUUCCUAUUUACGCUCCUCCAGUGGUCAGUGCAAAGCGCAGCCAGUGCCCCAUGCCCCGGAUAUACGGCCAGCAACAUCCAGACGCACUCUACUGGGCUCACUGCAGAUUUGACACUGGCCGGCCCGCGCUGCGACAGGUACGGACACGACAUCACCAACUUGACGCUGCAAGUGCGGUUCGAUUCGCGUAGCCGGUUGAAUGUUCACAUAUUCGACAGCUGCCGAAGGCAGUAUCAGAUUCCCCCGUCCAUUCUGCCUCUGGAUCAAGGUGCAGGCGUCACCAAAGCGGCCAGCAAACUCCAGCUCAGCUAUUUCCACGACGCGCAGCAUGGCUUUGGUUUCAGAGUGUCGCGCGGCAAGGACACGAUUUUCGACACCUCUGGUCACCCACUGAUCUUCGAGGACCAGUAUAUUGAGGUGACAUCGUGCUUGCCCCAUGAUGCCAACAUCUACGGCAUUGGCGAGACACCCGACUGGUUCCGACGCGACACUACCAACACUACCAAGACGUUGUGGAAUCGUGAUGCUCCCGACCCGUUCCGUGAAAAUGUCUAUGGAUCGCACUCGGUGUAUAUGGAGCUGCGCAAUGGCAAAUUCCACGGCGCCUACCUGCACAACUCGCACGGCAUGGACAUUGUGCUGGCCAACAACACAAUCCAGUACCGCGUGCUGGGCGGUACCGCCGACUUUUACUUCUUCAGCGGACCGACGGCGCUCGAUGUCAUUGACCAAUACACGGAGCUGGUUGGCCGUCCGAACCGCAUCCCGUACUGGGCACUGGGGUUCCAGAACUGCCGGUAUGGCUACAAGAGUGUCUACGAAGUCAACGACGUGAUUGCCAACUACUCCAAGGCCAGGAUUCCGCUGGAGGUUGCUUGGACUGAUAUCGACUACAUGGACCGCACGCGCGACUUUACCUUCGACCCAGUCAACUUCCCCCUCAGCGAGAUGCAGAAGCAGCUCAAGUACCUGCACGCGCACAACCAGAAAAUGGUGCUUAUGACCGACCCAGCCAUCCAGCACAACUCUUCCUACGGCCCAUAUGCACGCGGCCAUGAGAAGGACGCAUUCAUCAAGAAUAGCAACGGCACGACCUAUUUCGGACAGGUGUGGCCUGGAUAUACGGCGUUCCCGGACUGGUUUGCGCCCAGCACCGACAAGUGGUGGGGCGGUGAGCUACAGCGCUAUUUUGAUGCGCUGCCAAUCGACGGCAUGUGGCUGGACAUGAACGAAGCAUCAAGCUUCUGCACUGGUAGCUGCGGUUCUGGUAAGCCGGAAUCCGACGUGCCCCCGUACCCAUGGACACUGGAUCCGCCGCCACCUAACAGAGCGUUGGAUAAGCGCAACCGGCUGUUGAACCCGCCAUAUGCAAUCCACAAUCCACAGAGUGAGCUAUCAGAAAAGACCAUCGAAACCACGGCCAUGCAUGCCAAUGGGCUGGCAGACUACUACGUACACAAUCUUACCGCCCUGACAUCCGCCCGUUCCUGCUCUCUCGGUCGACUUUUGCAGGGCUCGGGUGCUAUGGCCAACCACUGGACCGGCGACAACGAGUCCACAUUCAAAGACCUGCAUGUUUCAAUUGCGUCGAUGCUGGAUUUUGGCAUCUUUGGCAUUCCAAUGGUCGGCGCCGAUAUUUGCGGGUUCAACGGCAAUACCACUGAGGAGCUGUGCGCAAGAUGGAUUGAGGUGGGCGCAUUCUAUCCGUUCUCGCGCGAUCACAAUGCCAAGGACAUGGUGCCGCAGGAGCUGUAUAGAUGGCCAAGUGUCGCCGAGGCAAGCCGGCGUGCGCUCCAGGUCAGGUAUGCACUGCUGCCGUACUACUAUACAAGCUACCAAAUGGCGGUUGAGCAUGGGUGGCCGGUGGCAAGACCGCUGGUGUUUCAGUUCCCCGAAACACCAGCAGUGCUUGGGAACGACUGGCAGUUUAUGAUUGGAGAUGCGAUUUUGAUCUCGCCAGUUCUUAGCAAGGGCGCCAGAUCCGUCAGCGCAUUCUUCCCAAGCGGCUUCUGGUACGACUGGUAUGAUCUCUCUGCUGUGUAUGGCUGGGACACAGAGGUCACUCUUGGUGCUCCACUGGAACACGUCAAUGUGCAUCAGCGCGGCGGAUCCAUUGUCGUCGGCCAGGAGCCGGGAUUGACCACAUACGAGUCUCGCCGCAAUCCAUUCUUUGCACGUAUUGCCUUGGAUAGCAGCGGAUGCGCCGAGGGCAGGCUGUAUCUGGACGACGGGGAGACGUUCAGCUCGCCGCACAGGUGGAUCCGGCUUUCAUUCAGCAGCGGGGCGCUAUCGGUGGUGCAGGAGAGCGGGUCAUACACGGUUGGGCCGGUGCUGGCCACGAUUGUGCUGCUGGGAGCUCGGGUCUCAGGCGUACAGGGCGUGCAGGCGGGUGUCAGAUAUCGCACCUUGGGCAGCAGCACCAUUAUCAAGAACCUGCACAUCGACCUGAACAGCAACACGCAAGUCACAUUCAUUUCGCCGUAG